CCUGAGCUUGGAUGAAGUCAAUUGAAGCUGAAGUUGUAGGCAAUAUUAGUAUUUUAAAUGUAAUUUAUUUGUGUUUUUGUUUUUAAUUUUUUUUCUCUUCUCUUUUUCUCCUCUGUAAAUCUCUUCUUUCGAUAAUGGCUAACCAUCUGUCAUUAUGUAAGAAUGAUGAUUACAAUUAUUUAAUCAACAACAAUGAGCUAAUCAUGACUUGCCAUGAAGCUUUAGCUGAAAAUGAGGUUGGAUUAGUGAACAAAUUACCAGAAACAACACCAGUGGAUUUACAGUUUCUUACCUAUUCUUCGGGUUCACCAUCUCCGGGGAUUAGUGGUUCUUCCUUACCUGUGAAUGUUUCAAAUUCAACAAAUUCACUUUCAACUAAUACGGAUAAAGUGUCACUCAAAGAGUUCUCCCAGUGGUUAACACGAACAGAGAGACACCUUUCAUCGGUUUGCUAUUGUCCAUUUCAUUCUGGAAAUGUCAACACCAUUAGCACAAAACCAAUCAAAAAAAUCACCACCGCAAUUAGGAGCAAUAAUGAUAACACCGAUCACUCAAAUUGGAUUGAUGCCAUUGCCGAGCAUAAAGUAAUUCAAGCUGAAAUUCAAAGUGUUGGUCGACGUUUCAUUAACUCAUUCAAAGCAAGUGGUAGUAAAAUAGAUCAAUCGUUGUUCAAAGCACAAGAGGAUCGAUGGCACGGUCUGUGGCUCAAGUCGAUUGAAUAUUCCAUGCUCGUCGAGGAAUUUCAAAUUUGUCCAAAUCAUACAACUUGGAAUCGCGAAAGGUCAAGUGCUCAACAAAACUCUAAAAGAUUCAAAUUGGAAUUAUUUCCCGAAGGCAAAGAAAACAAAGGAAUGAUGAGAAAUCGUCGAAUUCAAACCAACAUGAUUGGAUCGGGAAUGAACGAAACUUUCAAUAUUCCUAAUGGUAAAUAUGAGAUAAUCCACAAAGAUAUUGGUUAUUCCAGUGAUGCUGAUAUGAGUGAUUGUGAGCCAAUCUCACUGAUUAAUCAAGAUAACUUAAAUUCUAAAAGUCCACGAAAACGGCAUCGUCGUCGUCGCCCUCGAAUUGGUGAACGUCCAUGGAGCUUUCACUCUGAAUGGACCGGAUGGGACUAUUACCCUCUUCAUCUUGGCGGCGGAGAAUAUCGAAGUUCUGAAGAUUUAAAUUCAUUUGAAGAUGAAAAUCUUGUUCGGAGUUUAACUGAAUUCGGUGAAAAUUAUGAGAGAUGGUUCAAAACUGAUGAUGGCAUUUUAAAAGCAUCUGAAGAAUUAGCUUCCCAUGAAGAGGAAAGUUCAUCUCGUAGUUUAACCGAUUCACUUGGAACUCAUUCAGAUCGACCCUGGUCAAAGACUUCUCAUGCCGGUGGUAGUGGUGGUGGUAGUUUCUCUGGUGGUGAUAGUAAGAGUAAAUUAUUACGAGGUAAAAAGAAUAAAUUUUUCACAUCUUCUCCCAAUAUAACCUGCUCAUCAAUCAAUGGUACAGAAACAGCUGAUUCACUGGACUUUACCACUGAAAGUUUACCAAAUUCUGCUGCCAUGAUUCAAGGGGCUUCUGCUUUACCAGCAUUGGCCUCGACUUUUAUCAUCAAAGAUGCAAGAGUAAAUGCUCCAAAUGAUGAUAUUGAUGCAAAUGCUGAUACAAUCACUGAUGAUCUUGUCCCCUUUUCAGUCUUAGCCAAAGCUCAACCCGAAACAUUAGCUCAGGAAGAUAACAAUAUUGCCAUGAAAUUCAAUCUUAAAUCCUCAUGUUCUUACAAUUCCUUAUCAACUCAAACCUAUUCUCAACAAUUAACCUCAUCUAAAUCAACCACAACUUCAACCCUAAAAGCAACAAGCACAAAAUAUUUUUUCAUCUAUCUUACAAUAACCCUUUUAAUGGCUGUCAUUUUAUCAUUACUUGUGACAACAUUGUCACCAAUUUCACCGCAUGUCCAAAAAUCUUAUCCCAACCGAUCACCACCCAACUAAAAACAUUAACAUUAAGAAUGCCAAUUACAAUCCACUCAACAACAAGAUUAACCACCAUACCCACAAAACAUAAUCCCCACAAAACAAAACAAACCAAUGCCAUCAAAACCUAUGAUAUUUAUCAAAACAAAACGCAUGAAGAAAACAAAAAAACAUUGAAAAAAUACCCAAAAGCCAUUAUAUAAACAUUCAGGUAUCUCUAUCUAUCUAUUGACAAUAUGUUUCAACAAUUUCAAUCAUCAAACAUUGAAUAACUUUUUUUUUACUCCAUCUCUAUGACAACGAAACAUAAUAUCACCUACAAACAUAUAAACAAUAUGCAUUGUCAUCAACAACAUCAACAAUUAAUACACAAUUAAACAACACAAGAAGGAAAAAUGCAAACUCCAAGUAAACAAACACAAAAAAUCAACAAAAAAAGGCAAAAAAAGGUGAAAAAAAAACAACACAAAAAAAUACGUUUGGUAAAAAUGACGAAAAAAAAUCCUUAUUUAUUUUGAAUGUGCCUUCAAUUAUUCAACAAGAACUAUUUAUCUAGUCUUAAUAUCUUACAUGAUAAUCAACAACAUUUUAUAAAACAACUUAUAAACUUUGAUUAUACAAUUAACGGUAAUCAUCCCAAAAAAAGUUUCCAUCAAUAAACUAUAUUGGUCUUUUUUAUAUACUAUCAA